AUGUCGCACCCUUUGCCUGCUAUUCCAAAUCUCGGACUCAAUGAGGAGAUGCUUUGUGACUUGAGGUCUCGUCAACGGGUUCAUAUUCAGGCUCCUGACAGUGUCCCCAGGAAUCUCACAUAUGUCCCUUGUGAACCUCCCAACAAUCCCUUUACUCCGGAACAAUUAGCGCAAUUUGAGGACAGCCUCAAUACCGUCGCACCUGAUGUCGAUCAACAUAUGGAAUAUCAGCGCCUGCGAUGGAUUCACGGCCUCGAGAUCAUGACUUCAAUACUAUCUGCUUCGGGUCGCCCAGUACCGCCCGAUUUGUAA